CUUCUACACCUGUUCCUGGUAGCGUCUUUCUCUUGGGCCGAUCACCCAAUCUGCAAGCGCAGAGGAAAUACUGAGAACCCCCAGCUGUUUAAGGAUGGAGACAUCAUGUUGGGGGGCAUCUUUUCUCUCCACAGCAGCUGGAUUCACCGAAAGGAUACCUACGUGCACAAGCCGCCUCCACUGCAGUGCACCAGUUUGAAUUUUAGGGGAUUCCAGUUUGCCCAGGCUAUGCUCUUUGCCAUCGAGGAGAUAAACAACAGCACAGACCUGCUGCCCGGUCUCACUCUGGGCUAUAAAAUCUAUGACUCUUGCGGCUCCAUUUCUAGAGGGGUAAGGGUUGCCCUGGCUUUGGCCAAUGGAGACUCGGACGGUCCUUUGGACGAGCCCUGCACCAGACCAGCCCAAGUUCAAGCUAUUGUGGGUGAGACGUCGUCCUCUCCUUGCAUGGCUAUUGCUACUGUAAUCGGACCCUUUCACAUCCCACUGAUCAGUCACUUUGCCACCUGUGCUUGCCUCAGCGAUAAAGUCAAAUACCGGUCUUUCCUCAGAACAAUACCUAGUGAUUACUACCAAAGUAGAGCCCUGGCACAGCUAGUCAAACACUUUGGGUGGACCUGGGUUGGAGCUAUUAACACCAAUGAUGAUUAUGGUAACAACGGAAUGGCCACAUUUACAGCAUCUGCCCGACAGCUCGGUAUCUGCCUGGAGUACUCAGUGUCUUUCUUUAGGACUGAUCCACCAGACAAAAUACAAAAGAUAAUAAAUGUCAUUAAGCGUUCCACUUCCAAAGUGAUUGUCGCAUUCCUCUCCCACAUGGACAUAGAUGUGCUGAUACCCCAAUUGUCUUAUCACAACCUGACCGGCUACCAGUGGGUUGGCACUGAAGGUUGGAUAUUUGAUUCCCAAACUGCCACUAUGGAUCAGCAUCACAUCUUGGAUGGAGCCAUCGGCCUGUCCAUUCCCAAAGCACAUGUAUCGGGCAUGAGGGAGUUUAUAUUGGAUGUCAAACCCCUCAAUUCAUCUGGUGAUGACACUUUCAAAAAAUUCUGGGAGACAUUGUUCAACUGUCAGCUCAAGCAAACAAACUUGUCCUCAAGGAGUCCGAGGAAGUGCAGUGAUUUUGAGGACCUGGGCAACAUUCACAACAGCUUCACUGAUAUGUCACUCAUGCCAAUCUUUAAUAAUGUCUAUAAAGCAGUGUACACUGUCGUCCACGCACUUCAUGGUAUUCUUGGUUGUAACACAACAUGUAACACAGAGGUGCAGCUAAAGCCAUCCACAAUUUUACACCACAUGAAGAAUAUUCGCUUCAUAACUAAGGAAGGAGAUGAAGUUUACUUUAAUGAGAAUGGAGACCCAACAGCCAAAUAUGAAAUCAUAAACUGGCAGCCCGGAGAAAACGGGGUUGUCACAUUUGUCACAGUCGGUUUGUAUGACGCAUCUGCAGACAAACAGCUGACUUUGCAUACUAAGUCUCUGGUUUGGGCAGAGAACUCCCACCAGGUGCCGAUGUCAGUUUGCAGUGAGAAGUGUCGCCCGGGGACACGCAAAGUUCUGCAGAAAGGAAGGCCUGUCUGCUGCUAUGACUGUGUGAGGUGUGCAGAGGGUGAAUAUAGCAACAUAACAGAUUCUGCCACAUGUGCGCGAUGUCCCUCUGAGUUCUGGUCAAAUGAGAGAAGAAACGCCUGCUUGAAAAAAGAAGCCGAGUUCCUGUCUUACGAGGAGGUCAUGGGAGCGAUCCUCACCGUGGCGUCUUUACUUGGCUCGUGCAUGACAGCGGCUGUAGCCUGUGUUUUCUUUAAAUACAGGAAAACACCCAUAGUCAGGGCCAACAACUCGGAGCUGAGCUUCCUGUUGCUGUUCUCCCUGACAUUGUGCUUCCUGUGCUCUCUGACCUUCAUCGGCCCGCCCACCGAGUGGUCCUGCAUGCUGCGCCACACAGCUUUUGGAAUCACCUUUGUGCUUUGCAUCUCUUGCAUUCUGGGGAAGACCAUAGUGGUGCUUAUGGCCUUCAGGGCCACACUACCUGACAGUAAUGUCAUGAAGUGGUUCGGGCCUCUUCAGCAGAGGCUUAGUGUGCUGGCGUUCACUCUUAUACAAGUCAUCAUAUGCAUCCUCUGGCUAACAUUGGCUCCUCCUUUUCCUUUGAAGAAUUUCAAGGAGUAUAAAGAUAAAAUCAUUUUGGAGUGCGCCGUGGGUUCAGCCGUGGGAUUCUGGGCUGUGCUUGGCUACAUCGGUCUUUUGGCCGUGUUGUGUUUCAUUCUGGCCUUUUUGGCGCGGAAGUUGCCCGAUAACUUUAACGAAGCCAAAUUGAUUACCUUUAGCAUGUUGAUAUUUUCCGCAGUGUGGAUCACUUUCAUCCCCGCGUAUAUCAGCUCCCCUGGGAAGUUCAGUGUCACUGUGGAAAUAUUUGCGAUAUUGGCCUCCAGUUUUGGAUUGCUCAUUUGCAUAUUUGUGCCUAAAUGUUACAUAAUACUAAUGCGACCUGAGAAGAACACAAAAAAGAACAUGAUGAGUAAAGGGACACUAAAAUCCUUAUAA